AUGGGUCGUCGCGCGGCGCGGCGCAAGACCAAGUACGAAUCGCUGACCAAGCACGCUCGUGAGCUGCAGUCGCAGCUGGCGUCGCAGAGUCUUGGGCCGAUCGCGCUGCAAAACCUCGGGUUUGCCACCUCGCUCCCGCCGCCGCCUACCCAACUGCUUCCGCUGACGCGCAUGCCGCAGACCGAAGACGCAGUGCGUGGCAUUGCGCCGCUGGCUGAGACUGGACCUGGGCAGAGCGAGAUCUCGGCCAAGGAGCUGCAGGAUGAGAUGGCCAAGCUGCAAAUGAUGCAAAAGAUGUUCACGUGCCAGUACCGGCAGCGCGUGCUCCUUGACUCGCAGAUGAUGCUGGAGCUCGGCCGUCCGCAGUCCCACCUUGCGCAGCUCGCGCCGCCGCCGCUGCCGAUCUCACUCACCGCUGUCCCGCCGCAGUUUAUGUCGGGCCCAUGCACGCUGACUCCAGUUCAAAAGGCGGCCAUGCUCAAGCAUCUGCAGGCGCUGCAGGCGCAGCAGAACUCGGAGAUGGAGCGCGAACUGGUGCACAUGUAUGAGAUGCGCACGGCACACCUGGAGAAGCAUGUGCAGAUGCGCGAGCAGAUGCGCGAGCUCGGGAUCAGCAACGUCGCCGCUGAGCAAUUGAGCACACCGACGCCGAUGUCUUUUGACUCACCGGCCCCGUCCGGCAGCAAUCCUUUCGCUAUUACAUCAUCGACGCCCACCAAUGCGGCCGCCGAAGCUGCUGCGCCCGGCGACGAUAUCCCCGCCAGCAGGGGCGCCACCACUUCGGGAUCGCCCAUGGCCGUCUCGGCCGUCGCUUCGCCGUCGCUGUCGUCACUACCGUCGCUUGACACGUGGAACGAGUCGUCACUCCGCUCGCUGCCCACGCCUGGCGUCAACGGCGACGUCUCUGCCCACAGCUUUGCUUCGUUGGACAGCUCGGGUCUAUUUGCGCCGUCCGGAGCAGCCGCAAUGGACCUUGGAGGCUCCAGCGCUGUUGCAGACGCAUACCUCAACAUCCUGCAGGGCACCUCGAACAGGGCCGAGAAUUGGUGAGUAAAGUCACACGCUCAGCCA